AUGUCAAGUUCAGUGUUUAAAGUGUAUUCUUCCUCGAGCCGGGAUGGGUUUGACGAUAGUGCCACUGUGUCGGGGGACACAAGCGGAGCGACAGAUUUCAAAGAAGCGGUUCACGAGGACCUCAAAAUCGACUCCAACUUGGUCAUUCUGCUCAACAAGAAUGGUACGGUGUCUGUUGAUCAGAACACGUUACAAAGUCUACUCGCAAAUGAAACCACUAGCACGUCGGUCAGUUUGGUGCGUAUAUCGUCUCCCACGCCGAGCAUCGAAGAAGAAAUCGAGGAAGAACAGAGACGGCUUAAGGACGAAAAAUCGCAGCUUGAUGCUGACGCGGCAAGUGGCAGUAGUUCGAAUGAGGACUCGAAUGAAGACAGCAACUCGAUGGCUGGCGCAAGCUCCGGCACGUCAAGUAUAGUCGGCAGUUUUGUGUCUACGCGACGAACUCGAACUGUGUCCAAGAAAGGGUCUACUGCGGUGAUGAUGGAAGAUGACGAUGAGCCACGGCACGUAAGCCUCAUGGUGGAGGGUUUCUAUCCGCCAGCAGAAGCUCAGAGCUUUGCCGCUCAGGUGCUCAGUCUGGCCGGGUAUCAGCACCCGUUACGAAAGGAAGCGAUUGAUAUCGAGUAUAUUCGCCAUACAGUUUCCAAUGAUCACUGCUACACUCCGCUGACUUCGCCGACACAAAAGCUACCGCCGAAAGCACCCGUUGUAGAUGUCGAUUCGUCGGAAGAACCUUCGGGCACCUCUACGGGAGGGGCUGCUUUAACCGGCAGUACUAGUAGAACGUCCGCUGCCGCAAAAAUAAUCGAUCGUCGCAAAUCGGUCGGUGUAAGAAGCGCAAGCAAGAAUACAACACCACCUAACGCUACUAAAGGCCCGCCACUAAAUCGUCGCAAAUCUACUGCAGUAGCACUUCCCAGCAUUGGUCAGGAUCAGAAGAAAUCGAACAAAGUUACAAAACCCAGCCAGCAGGGGAGCAACGAAGACGACAACGUCGACGACGACGACGACGACGACGAAGAUGCCGAUGAGGACGAGGACGAUGAGCCUUAUUCGGACUACGAGGAGGAAGAAUCGUCGUUCUCCGAAGAGGACGAUGAUGAGAUGGACUUAGAUUUUAGUGUCGGUAGAAGGUCACCUAUCAAAAAACGAAAGCCGUUGCGGAAAGGCAAACUUCCGACGAAGACAUUACUGCGCAGCUCGACGACAACUCCUAGGAAGGUUGAACCCAAAGACCUAGCAGGGGACAGAUUGAAGGAAGGAGCGAAAAGCAACACAAUCAAAGUUGUGCGUAAUCAAAUGGGAAGCGUCAAACUCUCUACACAACAUCAACAGCAGAUUGUUAACAGAGCCGGAGGUCAGCAAGUGUUGAAACCUUUCACGGGCAAGAAACCAACACAAAAGACGCACACCAUGACAUCCGCGACCGGAUCGGUGGCCACUCCAACGAUACUGAACAGCAAGGUGCUCUCGUCCGCUUCGACAACGUCUACGGUGAAAAUGCAGAUCAAACCGGAAACCGCUUCGACCAGCCAACCGAAACAAGCACCAGCGGUCACUGUUGUUCCGCCGGUGGUUGCUACACCGAAGAAAGAAAAGAAACCGAAAUCGAAUGCCUUCGAUGCGGCCAUGUUUAGUGACAUAUCGGCCCUCUUCUCCACUCCGGAUAUUAUCAAAAAAGUCAACACAAGCAAAGGCCCAACAUUAACGCCACCCGCGACGGCAACUAACAACAGUUUGAUAUCUUCUCCGCCCUUUAAAACGUCCAUCGAACCCCUGGUAAUGUCUGUGGGCCCGAAGCUAUUCAGUACCGAGCAACACAAGACCGCUCCCCUGAGUUCUAAUACGUGUAAAACAAUUUCACAUUCUUCGGGACUGACGGAGCAAGGAUUGGAUCUUAUCAAUGCGAUCGUGCAAGAAGAUCUUCGUCAACCGAUCGAGGCGGCAACAGUUUCUGGGUGUUCAACGACGCAGCCCGUCGAGAUACCGAACAUAGUAAAGAUGUUAGAAACCAGUGCCGCCGGUGUGGUAUCUGCGGUGGACAGCAAUGCUCUUAUCAGCCCUCAGCUUCUAGCAGCACCACCACCACCGAUUGAAGUGAAAGCGCUGGUCGAACCGGUGGUUGGCCUUUUGGCUACCGACACCAGCAUUUUGGAAGCUCUCAACAGUGGUGAAGAUGCGUUACCCGAAGAUCUGAUGGAACACGUGGCCGAGCUGGCGAAGAACAAAGAAUUGCAGGAAAUUCUCGAUAAACAAGUACUUGGCGUGAUGGGCAACGAUGCCUUGCUUCACGGGACAUUACCGUUGGUAGACACGGCAGCUCUGGCAAAUCUCGUUCCUGAGCAAACUCUUGAGCCGACUCCGAAUUUUAGUACGAUGGAGCUUAGCGUGCCACUGCAAUUGAAUGUUCCGGUCGAACCGACGGUAAGCCACCCGAUGGAGGCUCUCCCGACGCUCACGGUCAAGGAACAGCUGGCCCCACGUAAGGAGGCAAUUCAAAUUCGGCGUAGUGAUGGUCGUGUCAUCACUCUACCACCGAUCGAGGCACCUGCAACUCGUUCUUCAAAGCGAAGAGCCCAAGGCAGUUUUGGAACCAAACUGCACCCGUCAACGACUACUCCAGACAACCCGGAGUCAUACAUAAAUUCUUCCGAUGCGUUAUCAUCGCCAGGCGUAAAGAGUUCUCGGCCACUGAAACCAUUCGGAGUAGCAACUCCACUUUCUUCGCGUCCGAGCACUCCGGCAACUUCCGGUGCAGAGUUACAGGACGAAAGUAGUAUCGGAGAACUGGUAAUGGACGAAACGCUGAAGGUAAAGCGUAACAGCAAGUCGGAAGGUGAUAACCGAGUGCGAACGAAACGUACCCCGGCGCCAUCGAGUGCAGCAGCAGCAGCUGCGGCAGAUGCUCCUCAGGACGAUGAUCUUGAUUCUGAUGAAAGCUGGAACUCGGAAGAUGAUCCUGAUCGUCUUUGGUGUAUAUGUCGCCAGCCGCACAAUAAUCGCUUCAUGAUAUGCUGCGACUUGUGUGAAGAUUGGUUCCAUGGAAAAUGCGUGAACAUAACGAAAGCGAUGGGCCAACAGAUGGAGCACGACGGUAUCGAGUGGACCUGUCCGAAUUGCAUCAAGAAAAAACAAGAUCGUCAGCAACCAAAAAUGACAGACUUUUUAGUCUCGCGUGCUGGUGGCACGUCGGAAGUUGCGCCUAUUUCUAGCAAACCGGAAUCGGCAAACCCACAAGAGGAAACAGCGCCUAACGGCUGUAUCGUCUGUGGCAACCCAGCAAAACCCAGUUCGAUAUACUGCAGCGAUGACUGCAUUCGAAAGCAUGCGGGUUCCAUCCCGACAGUAAAGAGUGACAACAAAGCAAAGGAACGAACCACGUCCGUCCCUUCGUCUGUUUUGUCCACUUCGCUCACUGAGUCUUCUCCCGGCAGUGCGAAUGAUACGAUUAUCGUCAUGGAACGAAAGACUGGUCGCUGCAUGACGGGAAAGAAUGCUCCUACUGAGGAAAAUAUAAAGAAAUGGCUACAGGAUCACCCAACGUUCGAGGUUGUCCCACCUGGUUCGGCUCAAGCAAACAUUAUCCUGGCAAAGGCCGAAUCUCGUCGCUUGGCGCUUGCCAAGGAAGCGUCUGCAAGUAAAAGUAGUUCGCCGAUCGCCACUGUAGGCAGCAACGUGCCAAAAGCGCAAACUCAAAUGAAGAUGAACGACCAGAAAAAGAUGAUCCUCGUAAGUUCAGCCACGACCUCGUCUAAAGUUUCCAGUCCGAGCGGAUCACGCCCAGCACCGGGUACUCCAGCCAGCAAACUAUCAUUGCCUCCGAAAUCAGUUUCCACAAGCAGUGGCGCGAAACAGAGCAAUGUGCUGACCACUCCUGGAUCCGCGCAACGAACCGGUAUCGGUGCAACAACUGCAGCUGCAGCUGGUUACUCUGUUCAACCGAAAGCAAACGCUUCUACCAUGGUGACGACAGCGAAUUCAUCAGCAGCGACCCCGGUGAGCUCUUCCGUGGGUUCCAACAAACAAAAGAGAAUUCCGGCAUCUGUACCGUCUGCUGGACCAGAGCAUGGACCGAAGCAUCAGAUUUCGGGUGGGAAAACCGUUACCGCCAACUCCGGCGGCGAAAAUAUUCGUGUAACCGUUAAAAAGACGCUAAAGGAGCAUCUGAUGCAACGCACGGCAGAGUUGGCAGAGGACAGCCCGAUCCCUCGUUUGCAGGAGGAAGAGAUUGAUCAAUUUGUGAGCGAAACGGAGAAGGAACUAUUCAUUCUUUUCAAGAAGGAUACGGGCAUGAAGUAUCGAGCCAAAUACCGGUCGUUGGUGUUCAAUAUCAAAGAUCGGAAGAAUUUGUCACUUUUUCAGAAGAUUUCCGAAAAAUCCAUUGAACCGAAACAAUUGGUACGUAUGACAGCCGAUGAACUGGCUAGUCAAGAGUUGGCUCAGUGGCGCGAGAAUGAAACUAAACACCAGCUGGAAAUGAUUAAAAAAACGGAACUAGAAUCGCUGGCAUGUGCCAAAAAUUACGUUUUGAAAACUCAUAAGGGAGAGGAGAUGAUCGAGGAUAAAAGAGAAAGUCGCGUACAAAUCGAUCCUUCCGUUCCCGUUGAUGAUGUGGUUUCAUUGCUGAACAAUUCCACUGUGAGCAGCACUAGCGAGCUGGAAGAGUCGUUAAGUGCAAAUGACACAGGGACAUACCGCACGAAGGAGUACGAUUAUGAACCCUACGGGAAGCAUUAUACAGGGUUGUAUGGAGUAGCAACGACACCGCUGAUCAGCAGCAGUAACGUGACCAGUGGUGGUGCUAAAUCGGACAGUGCCGGUACCAGUGCGGUGGCGUCUUCGUCUUCUUCGAGCGUUUCGCGCAAAAAAGAUUCACGCCGUAGCAGUCACGGGAGUCGCAGCCGGAGUAGAGAGCACAAGCGAGAGCAUCGUGAUCGUUCGCGAGAUCGGAACCGUUCGAAGCACAAACGAAAACGAAGCCGCGAUCGAAGCAGCGAUCGUCACACAAGCCGUGAUCGGGAUCGUCAUCAUCGUGGGCGUGAACGUAGCCGCGAACGGUCGAAGCAUGAGAAGAGCUCACGGGAAAAAGAUCAACCGAAGGGAGGAUCUUCGGAGAAGCGUCGCGCAUCAACUGCAGUCACAGUGCCUGGGCGAACUGACACUGAACCUUUUGAUUCGUCGUCGAAAGCAGCGGUAGAUGCUGAACGCAAAGAUGGCAAGCUUGAAACUCAUAGCAAAACUUUAGGCAACGUAAAAAAAUCGAAGGAUGAACCAUCGAAUUCGAAUUCAGAAAACAAAAUGACGGAAAACGUGAAACCAUCGAUCUCUGACAAUGAAAUGUUGACAGAAAACAAAAUGCCACCAUCAGAAAACGCAGACCAAUUACCUGUGAAGGUUGGUGGAGCGGCAAAGUCAACAAAAAUGGAACAGGAUCAGGAACCGACCAGCACGGUCACUAUCCCGACCCCACCUCACCACCAUCCAUAUGAAGGCGAAUCGCCGGAUGAAGGAGCGCUACCCACAAAGGCCGCCGCUGCCACGCUGGCGAACGAAAAGGUGCGCGAAGCCGAACGGUCAUUCUGGACCGGAAGUGUGCAUAUGGUCGAUGUGGCAAGCGUGGAAAUGUCGAUCCGCCCCGUCAGUGGUGAUGUGCACGAUAUAGCGAAGGACUUCAGCGUCGAUCUCGAUAUAUGUGGCACGAUUAAGCCGGAAAUCGUGUGGGAUUACAUCGCACAGAUCCGGAAGAGCCCGAACAAGGAAGUGUGUUUGGUGAGGUUCCACUCACUGGAAACCACCGCGUACUACACACUCUACAACCACCUACACACACGCAAACGUUACAGUGUGGUGAAAGCACCCUCCACUUUGAUAAAGGACUUUUACAUCUUUCCACUGCCCGCUGAACAAACGAUUCCGUUGAUCUUGAAACCGCUGCGAGGUGUCGGCAUCAUCGAAGGUGACCGUAAACCAAAUCUGCUGUUGGGGGUUUUGGUAAAGAUUAAAGGUGGCAAACGGUCUGCCGUUGGUUCGGUUCCAGCAACACAAGUGAAGAUGGCUCGUCGUCAGUCGAAACACUCUAUCGGAAAUAGCGCAGCUGGAAAGCCCUCAUCUGGCGAGCCAUCAGCCUCGGACACAGUAUCGUUGAUGCAGCAGGUCAUUACGAAAUAUGCAACCAAACCAAGCCCGGCGCUGGUCACCAGUGCUUCAACAAGUAAGGAGAGUAAGCGCAGCGAUACUUCGGAUGAAGUGCCAGAGAUGGAUGCUUCGAGUUCUUCUGGACGAGGAUCGGCCUUUGCUACGCACGUUGCUGGUGAUGGCAAGAAAACAUCAUUCCCAACGACAAUCGCAGCUGAAAAGCAAUGUGGUAUGGACGUCGAUAUGGAAAUUAUUAAAGCUCCAAUUGCAGGAAAAGGUAAUUCGCUCACAGUCUCUAUAUCAUCACAUUUGUCGGAAGGCAAUAGUAACAGUAGCUUAGGUAGUGCUGCGAGUCGUAUGACCUCAGCAGAGCCGAUGCUGAUCGAUGAGGACGGUGACGAACCAUACUCGCCUGGCGGGGCAAGUGAUGACAGUAACUUUGCCGAUGUCACUGCCAUCGUAGACAACUCGAAACAGGGUAAAACCAGCACCAUGGAGCUAAUACAGCGCGAAGUGUAUGAACUAGAUCGGAAGAUUGCCAUGGAGCAAAAUGAAAUUGAAGGGCUGAUGACAAUGACGGAACUACAAGAGAAGGAAACGCUUCCACCGUCGCUGAUCAACGGUCUUCCGAUACCGGCAAACCUUUCGCAGAUCCUGGCCAGCAUUAAAGUCGGCAGCGGUAGCGGAGCGGUUGCGGACGAGGAAAUUCCAUCUUCUAGCGGUGGGUUGACGAUGACCGAGCCGCCGCAUGCAACAUCGGAAAGGGUAAAUUUGUCUUGUCUUGCGAACGACGACGACGAAGAGUACAACCCGAGCGCACCGUCGCUCUAUUCGAACUACAAAUCGGCCUACACCUCCGUUAACAGUCUGGGCGAUAUCGAUGAGCGUAUCAUACCGGCAUCGUUAGUGCCAACCAUUGUGGCACCGACGGCGAGUGUAACAGCGUUCGAUAUGAUGGCUGCAGCAACAACUGAAAACCCCACACAAUGUGCUACAGAACUAGGUGAUACAGUGCCGUCUAGCGUGACGAUGAUACGGGAGAGUACGGGAACCGUUCCGUUGGUUGUUGCAAGUGAUAUGAACGAAAGCCGUUUAGCAAAACUCUCCGACGAAGAAUUACUCAGUUUGGUGCCUGACGACGCAAUGAUGCCCGAUUCGUCGUUGAAAGAGUAGUAAUCCUCUAAACGUACGUGAAUGUACAGUCAUUAACUAAAUCGCUUUACAGUGUGUAACUAUUUUGUAAGAUAAACAGUUUUUCCUCUUUUUAAAUCACUCAACGUUGGUGGUUGAAGGCUCGUGCCCUCCGUACGCCUCGCGACGAUCGAAUUGGCAAUAACCUAAUUUAUUCAGCAUCUGGCUACGCGGUUAGCUUUGAUAUAGUGUAAUUUUGUUGUAAUGAUUUAUCGAUUAGACGUUUGCAUAGAAUGACCAAGAUGGGCAAUUAAAUUUCGACUUUAUGCCGGAUGAACCCAGAUUAAGCUGAUAAACUUCAUUCCUGAUGAUUGACUGUCGGCGAUCCUUAUAAGAUUCCGAUUAUUACACCCAAUUCUUAUCACACCACCAUGCAUAUUGCACAUUUUAUAUCAACGAUUUUACAUGCUGUUACGCGAACCGGUCGAACAAAAGGCAAAAGGCUCUUCGUAUUGGGCGUACUUGUACGGUGUACAUAAAAGUCAAAAUUCCACUACGAACACACAAACAGUACAGGAGGAAACAAUGUGGAUUAUUUUUAAGUGUCGUGCAAUUCUUCGUGUUUAUGCUAUUAUCGCCAACUCGUAAUAACCCUUCCUUCCCGCUCCAAAAGUUUGUUAAAGAAACGGUUCGAUUAGUGAAAACAGCGCCUCAUUUGUAGUAACACAUAUUUUGUGAGAAUUGUAAUAUUUUUAUUAUGUAAGGCUAGCAUUCAAUUUCUUAGUAUAUUGCGCAAUACAAAUAAGAUUAACAAUACACAUUUCAUAUCCAGUCACACAUUUCCCCAAUGCAUAGGCAGGAUCCUUUCGUUGGAUGGAUUAAAUACAAUAUGGACUACAGUGCUGCAAAGUGCGGUUAGAAGCGUAUUGAAAGACGUCGUAGCAAAUAUGCUUCACGUAAAGCUCAUAGACUUGGACACAAUUCUUAGCAUCAAUAAAAACCGAUAACUUUUAUGUAAUGGAUUAAUUUUAUUUAGCUCGUUUCAAUGUAAUAUAAACUUUUACUAAUCAAUAUUAAACAAACAAAUUGAACACUCUCCCACACCGCUCAGCAUGCACAAAAAAUAAAUGUAAACCGAGUGAAAGUAUCUUGCUGCAAAGCUGCAAGCGGCUGCUUAACCUCUACCAUGCAUUCGAACUAUGUCGAGAUUCCUUGCCAAUGAUAUUAUAAAAUCGAUAGGGAGUGGUCAAAAUAUGUUUUGUAAGCAAAGACUUGUAAGCACUAGUAAAGAUUUUGAGUACAGUUAAGUAGUUUCCAAAUACAAGUUCCGGUAUCUCCUUGUAGCAUUACUGUAGCAAAUAUUGUGACCAUUAAACUUGCAUGGAACUCUCAAUCUUGACAUUCAUUUUCCUUAGCCCGAUAACAUGGAUCAUUGUAUAUAAUAUAUGUGUGUAAAAAAUGAAUGAGGAAUAUUGCCUCACGGUAUCCACAAAACAGAUAAAAAAAACCAAGUAUACAAUAAGAUGUUUCAAAAUGUGAUGCAUUAACAUAAACACGCAUUUAUAGUUGUGCAAAUAAAAUACAAAAAAUUGUAAAUUUAGCUGAAGGCGCACGAUACUCGAUCAAAACUAUUAAAUGUGCACUUGCACUGCACAUGCAUUGACACUAAACAGUGAUAGUUUAAUAAGAUCAACAACAUGCAAAAUGUAUCGCUGAUUCAGAUAGUAAUAAA